CUCCAGUUAACACAACAAGAUGCUACAGGGAGCCUAAAUAACGAUGGCCGAAGAGUUCGAUGAUGCUGAGUUUCUUGCUGCAGAGGCUGCCGUACAACGAUCAUCAUCCGCUGCACCUCAGCGGACGGCGAACCCUGCUGUCAACAAUGCCUCCAAGGUUGUCCAGCCAAAGCCGCAGGCAAUGCCUGGCAGGCAAGGCCCCUCGGCCAUUCUAGUCUCGACUCGACAGAAGGGAAACCCCAUCUUGAAUCAUGUCAAAUCACUACCGUGGGAGUAUUCGGACAUUCCCUGUGACUAUGUGCUCGGUGCCACCACCUGUGCACUGUUCCUGUCCCUCAAAUACCACCGGCUGCACCCCGAGUACAUCUACAGUCGGAUCCGACAGCUAGGCAAACUGUACAACCUGCGCAUCCUGCUGACCAUGGUAGAUAUCACGAAUCAUGAAGAGGCGUUGAAAGAGUUGUCCAAAACGUCCAUGAUCAACAACCUCACCCUGAUCCUCUGCUGGUCCUCGCAAGAAGCCGGUCGGUAUCUCGAGCUCUUCAAGUCCUACGAGCACGCCUCGCCCGCCUCGAUUCGAGCCCAUCAGGCAGAGACCUACCAAGAAAGUCUGACCGAGUUCGUCACCACUCCUCGCACCAUCAACAAGACGGAUGCUGCGAGUUUGAUCUCGAAUUUCGGGUCCUUGCGGGCGGCCGUGAAUGCACAACCAGAAGAGUUGGCCUUGGUGCCGGGCUGGGGAGAGAAGAAGGUCAAGGCCUGGACCACAACCGUCCGAGAGCCGUUCCGAGUCAAGAGAGCUGCCAAGUCAAAUGCAGCUUUGCUGAGGCAAGAGAGCACAAUGUAUUCUGAUGGAGACAGCGCUCCACUCACUCCCGAUGCUGGACCUACACUUACACCCAUUCCGAUCAGCACUGUCCCAUCUCUGAGCAGGCAGGGCACAUCAAUACCUUCGGUCGCCGACCCGGCCGAAGGUUCUCGAGGGCAGAAACGCCCCAGGCUCGAGGAAAUCCCGAUGGACGACGGCCUGGACGAGGACGAGGCUGCUCUCGUAGCAAUGGUCGAAGCCGAAUCGAACCUGGCCGAUGCGGAAAAGCCAAAAGUAGCACAGGCCGUGGCGAGAAAAGAACCUGAACUGAGCGAAGGCGUCAUGGCUGCUCUGGCUAAACUACGCCAAAAUGACUGAAAGGGGAGAGACGAAGACUUGGGCGCGACCAUUGCUCAGCGUCGGCUGAUCAGCAUCAACAGCUGAUAGUCGAAAGCUUCACUGAAUAAGGUGCUAACAGGGCAUGGUACCGCGAGGUGCAGACCCUGCCGACGCCUUCACGAGUAGCUCGGAGCUAUGCUGCCUAGUAGCUCACCACGCCGAAAGCCCAUACAAGUCAAUGCUCAUUCCAUCACAGAGCAACGGAAUACAUCCUUUCUGACGGAGAGUAUCCCUGAGGCAGCCCCUGACUACAAAUCGAUAGGCUUCGACCACUUCCAAGACGAUUGCUCUCUAAGCCUGCGUUGAUAGUACCCUCGCAGUCUACAGCGGCAGGCCAAUCCCCACCCAUCCCAGUGAUGCAUUGGCCACGGGAAUCUGGAGUUCCGCUACCCAUUCAAAGGUCGGCUGGGUGUGAGACUGAUAAGAGGAGCGUUUCGCAAGACGGGAUAAGCAACCCAAAUCCGAGACGAGGUCGUUUCGUGGUCACAAAUCCAAGCAGGGGACGUUUGGAGAGCUUACGGAGUAAGCCAAGUCGGCCCCGAGUCCAGUGCUAAUGCCCUGCGGCGAUAAUAGAUCUCUCUUAUGUUCAAACCCUGGUUAGAGGUGUGUUCAAAAACGAGACAUCUCAAUUUGCGCGCCCAUGUGCUAUACUAGUAUGCAUCAAACCCCCAGAAGAGUGAG